UAAAUAUACAACACACCGAAGUGCGAAACGAGCCGACUGGAAUGAAGUUGUCGGCAGAGUACAGUGAUCGUAUGAUGGCGCAACAUGUUGACCGUUCGCGUUUCGCGCCGGCAACGAUUCUUUUAUUACUUGUUCCCGCGUGUGUCGUCCAGCUAGCAAAGGCCAACGCGGCGUCGACGUUGGCGUCGACGGUCAACGGCGUCCGACCAGCUGUGAAAUCGGCGCCCGUGAUAAGGACAGCGGUCCCGUUGUCGACACUGCCUUUUGGCGCAGACGAUGAUCGCCGCUCGUCGAUCCUCGUCGAGUUCCUGGGCACCGGUCUUGGCCGCGAUCUCCCCCUACGAUGGUCGACGUCGAGGAACGAUUGCCCGAUGUAUUCGGACGAUACCCUCCUGGACGCGGUGUGGUCGUCGUCGACGCGCGAUCGCGCGAUCUACGAAUUUCGGACGAUUCCCGUAGACCCAAAGAUCACCGUCGUCUAUUUUUGUCUGAGAAACGGCAGCGACGACGACGAUGUCGGAAGGAGAUGGAGCAACCUCGGCGAUCGUAUCUCGAUAAAAAUCCCGGUACGCCCAGAGAUUCGACGCUGUAAAAAACGCGGUGACCAGAAAAAAUAUCUUCGUAUGCGACGAGAUGAUCCCUCCCUCGACAAAAGUCUCACCUCGCAAAAUUACACGGACACGCAUAUCGACGGGUUGCGAGUCGAGUCGGCCGAGAAGGAACCCUCUUACGGCGAGAACGGAAUUCCUCAGAUCCGGGCCGGGACUAAGGCAAUCAUCCGUUUAUUCGGCACCGGUAUCACGCCAGAUACCCUGAUUAGCUUUACCGAUGUGAAGGCGAAAAGGGGCUCCGUUUGCGAUAAAAUUAAAAGUAACGAGUUUCCAGUGGAAAAUGUAGAAGAAACCACAGCGACCGUUCACGUAGUACUUCCUCUGGGAUCGUCAUUUUACGUAUGCGCAAAACGGCCGAAAUAUGAAAAGGAUAUUCUGAAGAAGGAUCAGGUGUUGUUUAAACAUCAAGGCACUGCACUGUAUAAUACUAUCUGCACAUAUGAGAAAUUACUACCGCUCUGGCUCACUAUCAUCAUCAUUCUCAUUUGUCUCAGUUUUUCCGCGCUUUUCUCCGGUCUCAAUCUCGGUUUAAUGGCGAUAGAUAGGACCGAAUUGAAAAUACUUGUCAAUACCGGUACAGAAAGAGAGAAAAAAUAUGCGAGAAUAAUUCAGCCGGUAAGAAAUCACGGAAAUUACCUUUUGUGUUCGAUUCUGUUUUCCAACGUUCUUGUCAAUUCAAUGUUUACGAUAUUGCUGGAUGACUUGACAUCCGGAGUUGUCGCUAUUAUCUGCUCGACGUUAGCUAUUGUCAUUUUCGGCGAAAUUUCGCCACAGGCUCUUUGUAGCAGGCACGGAUUGUGCGUUGGUGCGAAGACUAUCUAUCUCACAAAAAUGACAAUGCUAAUCACUUUUCCAUUAAGCUAUCCAAUCAGUAAGAUUUUAGAUGUUAUUCUCGGUGAAGAAAUCGGGAAUGUAUAUAGUCGAGAACGUUUGAAGGAAUUGAUCAAGGUAACAACUGAAUACAACGAUUUAGAGAAAGAUGAAGUAAAUAUAAUUGCAGGAGCGUUAGAACUGCGGAAGAAGACCGUAGCAGAUGUAAUGACCAGAAUCGAAGAUGUAUAUAUGUUGAACUAUAACGCUGUUCUAGACUUUGAAACUGUGUCUGAGAUUAUGAAAUCAGGAUUUUCGCGCAUACCGGUGUACGAAGAUGUAAGAACGAAUAUAGUAACGAUGCUAUAUAUCAAAGAUCUCGCAUUUGUUGAUCCUGACGAUAAUAUGCCGCUCAAAACACUUUGCCAAUUUUAUCAAAACCCAUGUAAUUUUAUUUUUGAAGAUGUUACAUUAGAUAUAAUGUUUAAACAAUUUAAGGAAGGUCAUAAAGGCCACAUGGCUUUUGUGCAAAGAGUUAACAACGAAGGCGAAGGUGAUCCGUUUUACGAGGUGAUUGGUUUGGUUACGUUAGAAGAUGUUAUUGAGGAAUUAAUUCAAGCUGAGAUUAUUGACGAGACAGAUGUGUUUACGGAUAACAGAAGUAAACGUAAAAGACAAGUUCGAGCAAAAAUGCCAACAGACUUCACCUUAUUUGCAGAGAAAAAAGAAAAUCAACGAAUUCACAUUUCUCCACAGUUAACUUUGGCGAUGUUCCAGUACUUAUCCACGACUGUGGAUACGUUUAAACCAGAUGUUAUUUCGGAACCAAUCCUGCGACGUUUACUGAAGCAAGAUGUUAUUUACCAUAUUAAAGUGAAAUCGCGUGAAAAAGCCAAAAGUGAUCCAGCCGCGAUAAUCUACCAACAAGGAAAAGCAGUCGAUUACUUUGUGCUAAUUUUAGAAGGUCGCGUUGAAGUGACAGUUGGCAAAGAAAACAUGAUGUUUGAAAGUGGUCCUUUCACAUAUUUCGGAUCGCAAGCUCUUACCGCUAACAUCGGAAUUGCUGAAUCGCCCACGAACGUAAAUCCACAGACAGUUGGCAGCAUUCAAUCUGUUAAUCUGGAUUCUAUGUUACGUCAUACCUUUAUACCAGACUAUACAGUGCGUGCAGUGACCGAGGUAUUCUACGUAAAGGUCAAAAGAUCUGUGUAUCUUGCUGCGAAGCGCGCUACAAUUUUGGAAAGAAGGCAAAAGGAUCCGUUGCCUAACCAAGAACAAUUCGACGAUGAAGUGGAAAAGCUGCUGCAUUCUUUGGAAGAGGACGAUCGUAGUAUGCCUGAGUCUCCGGUGUUGCCUGCGGACAAACUUGUGGAAAACGAAAAAGGAAAGGAUUCUUUGAUUCAUUCGCCCGUACGCAGUGUAACGGCGCCAACAUCGCCGAUUCCAGUCAGCGCCAGUCCAAUCACCAAUUCGAAAUUUACCUCACCACGAAAUGACGGAAAAACGAAAAAUUUAUCAGCAAAGAUACAAACGAGUCCGGUGGAAAAUCAGAUCAAACGCGAUUCCUUAAGCACGUUAGAUGCGGACAUUCUCAUCCGACAAUCUGAAGCCGCACGAUUGUUGUCCACUACCAAGAGAGUAAACGACAAUGAGGAACGAACAAAUCUUUUGCCUAAACAGGAUCAUUCUUAACGCUUGCAGAAUGGCCGACGAAACUCGGUUCUGUCGGCAAGAUCGAUAACGUCGAGAGCAUCGAGCGACACAGAGCGAAACAUGCUGGCAUGACACGUAUUGCUACUGUGACACUAGGUACUUCAUGAAUUACUCAGAUAUUUAUCAUAAGAGAGGAGAAACGUCAUAUUUUUAACAAUUAGUUUAGAAGCUGUACUCGAUAUGCCUCGGUUUUCUUAUAAAUUCUUAUUUAAAUUAUUUCCUAGAUAUAUUAUCAUAUAAGAUAAGUCAUUUUAUCGUGAUAGUUUGCAUAGAGAAAAGCACGAAGGAGUACAUAAUCAAAUGUUUUUAUUAUGACACACACACACACACACACACAAAAUAGCAUUUAAUAUAUAAUACAUGAUAAAAUUAAGAUAUAGUCAUGUUUACAUAGACUCCAUCAAAUAUUUCUAAAUAUGUGUAAAAAAAGGUCAGUUCGUAGGAAGAUUAUUUUAAUAAUAUGUCAAUUCUGUCUUAAAAUGAAAAACCAUUCAUUCCAUUGGAAAAACUUUCAUUUUGCAAUCACAAAUAUAUAUCGACUUCUUUGUUUGUUUUUUUAUACAUUUUUUUACAUAUUAUAUAUUUCUAAAUUUAUUUCUUUAAUAAAAUAUGUCAUAUAUAUAUAUUAUGUGCUAUAGAAAAGAUUAUGUUUCAACAUGAGAAAAUGAUGGCAUUGCGGGUACAGUUUUUAACUAACUUGGAAAAAGAUGAUAGAAGCAACGCUAUAAUAAUAAUGCCUUGACAUUAUUUUAAAUAUAUUUUAGUAUGAAGGUUCACACACAUUACCGUAUAAAACAAUAAUAUAUAAAAUUAGCCAUAUGCGCGAUUGAACCACUAUUAUAUAUAUAUAUAUAUAUAUUAGAAAAAGCAGUACAAAUGAAAGAAAAGUUUGACAAAGGAUUAGCAUAUAUCAUCCAAAUGUUACUUUUCUCUGAAAAACAGAGAUUUUGGUUACUUACAUCCCUUGGGUUGUACAUUGAAUCUAAAUGUAUGAUAGAUUUAAAUGGCCCAAUUAGUAAGUAGCAGUGAGAAAAAGGCUUGAUACAUAAUUCAUAUGAUUACUUAUAAUUAUAUAUAUUUAAAUUUUAUUACGUGCCUUAAGAAAUUGUCUAUACAGGUACUACCGUGGCCGUGUUCCAAAAUUCAUUGCCACUACUGAAAAUCUAUAAUUCAUGUAACGUAUAUUAUAGAUUUCCAGUACUGGCAGUGAAUUUUGGAACAUGGCCUGUGUGUGUUGUGCGCUUAAAUCAAUUUUAUUAAGAGUAUUGCUUUCUCUCUCUGUUUUUCUUUCAAGAAAAUGAAGUUUCAUUAAUAUAUUAAAUAGUUACAUUCCUAUCACAACUAGCGCAGUCAUAUUCGUACAUCAUUCUUCUCUCAUUCAUUCUAAUCUAAUGGAAGAAAGAUAAGAGACACAGAAGAAAUGUACCCUUUUUCUUAUCAUUUUGAUUAAAAAACAGAGCAAAAUUUUAUUUGUUGCUCAUCAAUUGCAUUUGAUUUUUAAUGAAAAUUUAAUUAAGCAAUAAUUCAAUCGUUUCAAUUAACAAACCAUAUGUAAUAUCGAUAAUUAAUUAAAUUACAAAAAUUAAAUAUCUUUUACAUAGAUAUAUAUAGGAAACAGAAUUAUUUUUUUGUCAAUAUCCAAUAAACUUUAUCGAGAUCAAGUAUAUAAUUUGUGGUUAAAUUGUCACGAUAUUUACUACCUGAAAGUAAUAUUCAGUGAUACAAAUAAAAAUAGACAAAAUUUUUUAUUUAAAAGUAGGAUUUUUCUAACAGGAUAUGCUUUUUUAAAACGUUCAUAUGUGAAAUCUAAAAAAAAUUCGUCUCCUAUUGUAUAAUUAUCUAAUAACUUUGUCAUAAUUUUAGGUAUGAAGACUCAUGUUAUAGUCUUGUCAUUCUGUAAUAUUGUUAAUAUUUUUUCAGGAGUCUAAUUUCCUUAAAUUGUUAUUAUGUUUUAUAAAUUAUUUCAGUGAUGUAAAUGUACAACACUAAUAUUAUAUUGUUGUUAAUUGAGUACUUAUGAUAUACAUUAUAGAUACAUCGAGAUUAAUAUGUAAUAAUAUUGUAAUUAUUCAGCAUAAAGCGUUUUUUGAAGAGCAAGUUUUUCUAUGUGCAUAUGAAAGAAUUCUAAAUUCUAUUGGACCUGGUAUAUAGAGGAAGUAAUUAAAAUAUAAGGAGCGGAAAACAGCUUGAAGUAUCUCUCUGUGUAGUCUGUGUGUUUGCUAAUUAUGAAUAAUUUCUAUAUAAAAUACUUAACAAAGAAUAAAGUUUUAUUUUCGCAUUAUAUGACAUGGCACGACAAAUAAUUUCUAUAAUAAAUAAAUGUACUUACAUAUACAAUUUACACAUGGAAUGUGUAAGAGACAAUUUAUAUUUAAAAAAGAAUAUUUUGCACCAUUGUAUAAUGUGAAUCAAAUUUAACAUUUGGCUUGGAUUCUGUAGAAUAUAUCAAAUUAGAAAAUGGUUACCUGACAUUGUUCUUGUAGAUUAUUGAUCAAAGUACUUAUAAAAAAAAAUCAAUAAGAGAAUUGCGAUGAAUAUUAUAUAUAAUAUAUAUAUAUAUAUAUUUUUUUGUACUGUGUAAAAAACUAUCUAGAAAUAUUAUAUGUGGGGAAGAAAUAUAUUGCAAUCCCCUUCCCCUCUCCCACAAUACGCAAAGCAUUCUAUUGUAGAAUGAUAGAUUUAAGUACAUUACAAUAAACUGUUAAACAAAGUUACUGCGUGAAGGAUGAAUAUAAACAUGACAUUUUUUAUGGAGAUGAUUUACAUAGUGUACAUAAUAUAGUGAAUGUAAAGUCAUGUUAACAUGUAUGUUCUUCAUUUUCCCAUCGUAUUUAUUGAGAUUUGUCAUGUCUAUCAUUUUUAAAUGAUUUCAAAUUUAUUGUGCCAUAUAUUUGGAACAUGACGAUUGUUUAUUAGAUUCCUAUAUUUGUCUUCACAAAUAAAACAAAAAAUUAUUGUAGCCACAAUUGGUAGAAUAUUAAUUAUAUUUACAUAAACGCGACUUGAAUAACAAAGAGUGUCAAUCUAAUGUGUGACAGAUGAGAGAACUUUUAUCAUAAAUAUGCUCUUUGAUUAUAUUAUCUUUAUAAAAUGUAAAUUAAAUCUUACAUUUAUCAUAAAAAAAUAUUUGGUUUUCUUUAUGCAGUCUUUCAAACAUUUUUAUAUUAUUAUAAGAAUUACAAUAUAUAAAAUUUUUAAUAUUUCAUAUGUAUGUAUGUCUAUGUAUACAAUCGUUUCUCUGAGAUAGAUAAAAGAGAUUUAUUCAAAGAUAUAUAUCUAUAUAUAUAAAGGCACAUACAAUAUAUAUAUAUCUAUACAUAAAAGAGACAGAUAUAGGGAGGAAAAAAAAAAAAAAAUUGUCGGAUAAA